UACCGGCUCCUCCCCUUCAGUCAGGUUCAGGUGUACCGGCUCCUCUCCUUCAGUCCGGUGUACCGGCUCCUCCCCUGGACUGGAAUGGCUUCCUCGGAUGUCACUGCACACUGGGAGCGUCUCAUUAUGUGCAUUAGAAGCUGCAGCUCCAUCUCAUUUCCUGCUGGAGGACGCCCAACAUCAUCUAGAGCUUUCCUCCCCUGCCUGCCAUCCCUGGCCCCGCCCAUUUCAUUUAUUAGAGCCCGCCUUAUUUCCUGGAUGGGGGACAUUCCAGCAUCAUCCAGCCUUUUCCUUCCCAGUCUGACUGUC